AUGGACAGAAAUUCGGAAGAAAAUAAUACAACAAGACGUAAUGCAGGUAUCAACACAAGACUUGCCGAUUGUUACCUAUGGCCACCAGAAUUUGGUUCGUCAAAAAGGAAGUCCGUCAGUGGAAUGUCAAAGAUUUCAGAAGAAAGUCAUUCAAAACUGAAUCAAAUGAAAGGAAAAGAUGCAGUUCUAGAAGUAGAUGAAGAGGACAAGACAACCAAAAAUCACUCGAUUCAUCGAAAAGUUCUUCCAUCUGCGGACGACAAACAAGAGACUGCAUCUGUUCGUUCAGUAUGUUCUAGACAAUCGAACUCAAGUAGUGUUGAAUUACAAAGACGAAAGCAUGCUGUUGAAGUUGCAAAAAUCAAACAAGCCAUAGAAAUGAAGAAACUAGAAAAUAAAUUACAAUUGUUAGAGCUAGAGCAGAAAGUGUUUGAGACCCAGGUUUCAGAUGACGUGGAAAGAUCUUCGGGUAGAUCAUUGCAUAGUUCCAGAAGUCAAAGACAAAAUGUUCCAGACAAUACUCCCAGACGGAAAAUGGAUGUAGUAGAGGAAGCUCCAAGACUGACAAUACCAGAUAAGAGACCCGUGCGUUCUCCAGAACCAUCCGACAUCGAACGAUUAUGCCAUACCAUAAGUGAAGCAGUGAAAUCAGUAGGUAGUGCUCCAAGACGAGAUCGAUUUAUUGCACGCCAAGUUGUAGAGAAAGACAUUCUUCACUUUGACGGUAACCCUGAAGAGUGGCCAGUAUUCAUCACACAAUUCAGAAAAAUUGCCUCAUUGUGUGAAUAUUCUUCUGAGGAAAUGAUGAUAAAAUUGCAAAAAUGUUUAAAAGGUGAGGCCAAACUAGCCGUAUCGGGCAUGAUGAUUUCACCUGAUAACGUUGAUUCAGUGCUGAAGAUAUUAGAAAUGAGGUUCGGACGUCCUGAUCUGAUAAUCGAUGGACUUAUAUCGAAGGUUAAAGCUGUGACACCCAUCAGAGAACAUAAUAUAGAGAGUUUGAUCAAAUUUUCAAAUCAUAUAUCUUGUUUAGUCGCAACAAUCAAAUCCUUGGGUUAUAACGAACAUCUUCAGAAUCCUACAUUGGUUCGAGACAUCGUACAAAAGCUUCCAGAUAUGAUUAAACUUCGCUGGGGGGAGGAAGUUAUGAAAAAACAUGGUACUGUUGACCUCAGUGAUCUCUCAGAUUGGAUUUCAGACAUAGCAGCAGCAGCAUGUUACGUGAGUAGACCGAGUUCUUCAACAAUGAAUAAAACGGAGCCUAGAUCGAAGCCAUUCGUAUAUUCUUCGACAAAACGAUAUGAGACUACUCUGACGACAGCUGAUAGCAAGAAAACUGACAAAUUGUGUACGUAUUGUCGAGAAAAAGGACAUUAUAUCCAAGAUUGUUCAAAAAUAAAUCAAGACGAUGUUGAGACCAGAUGGGAGACUGUGACCAGAAGAAAAUUAUGUUUCUCAUGCCUGAAAAACAAUCACCAGACAAUGAAAUGCAGAUCCAAACGUCAAUGUGGUAUCAAUAACUGCAAACGAUCUCAUAAUAAGCUCCUUCAUAAAGAUCAAUCACAACAAAAUUUCGAAUAUACACAGUCUACCCAGACGGAAGAUCUUAGAAAGGAAAACGUUCUUGCUGUGGGACAAGGUGCGGCAAAUAUUCUUUUGCGGAUGAUCAAGGUGAGAUUGUAUGGAAAAAAUGAUUUUCUGGAAACCAUUGCACUCUGUGAUGAAGCUUCGACUGUGACUCUCAUAGACAAAUCCAUUGUUGACCACCUGGAAAUAGAAGGAAAUGUGGAAUCUCUUUGUAUACAAUGGACGAAUAAUAUGACAUCGUGCUACGAAGAUUCUCAUCGCCUAGACCUUGAUAUAUCGGGAAUCCAUAAAAAUGCCAAGAGAUUCACUAUGGAAAAUGUGAGAUCUGUGGAAAAUCUAUCUUUACCUGUUCAAGUCAUUAAGGAAACAGACUGGAAGAAAUAUCCUCACUUACAGGGCAUUCCUUUCAAUGAAAUUCAAGGACGUCCGAUGAUUCUUUUAGGCCAAGAUAACAUCCGACUCACAGUGGCCAGAAGAGUUAUUCAGGGUCCAGAAAAUUCUCCACUUGCAACAAAAACCAAUCUCGGUUGGAUUUUACACGGUGAUGUGGACAAUCAUCAUGGCAAUAAGGGAAUUUUUCAUUCCUUUCAUAUUUGUCAUUGUGAAACUGUUGCUGACGACGAGCUCCACAAGAUGGUGAAACACUCUUUUAGUACUGAAGCCUUUGGAGUUCAAGUAGCUAUAAAAUCCAACAAAAAAGACAGCAGGGCGCUUGAUAUAAUGCAAAAAACUGUAAAACGAAUCGGUGACCGAUUUGAAAUAGGACUGCUCUGGAGGGAGAACGAUAUUCACUUGCCUGAAAGUAAAAAUGUAGCCGUUCGAAGACUUAUGUGUGUGGAAAAACAAAUGCACAAAGAUGAAAAUUUCAAGAGAAGAUACUGUGAGAAAAUUGAAAGCUACUUAAGAAAAGGAUAUGCCAGGAAGCUGUCAGCUGAAGAAGCAUCUGAAGAAGGUCCUCGUUGCUGGUACUUACCUCAUUUUGGAGUAAUAAAUCCGAAUAAACCAGCCAAGCUACGACUUGUUUUCGAUGCUGCUUCAAAGUCGUGUGGAACUUCCCUAAAUGAAAAUUUACUUGCUGGACCAGACCUCUUACAACCAUUGGUGGAAGUAUUGAUAAAGUUUAGACAACGAAAGAUCGCCUUCUGCAGUGAUGUUCGUGAGAUGUUCCAUCAAGUCAAGAUCAUUACUUCGGAUCAAUGCUCCCAAAGAUUUCUCUGGAGAGAAGGAAAUACCGAAAAACCACACGAUGUUUACGAAAUGCAGGUCAUGACAUUUGGUGCUACCUGUUCUCCGACUUGCGCACAAUUCGUUAAGAAUUUGAAUGCCCGACAACUAACACAAAGACAAGAUAUUUUGGACGCUAUUGAGAUGAAACACUAUGUCGAUGAUUAUUUAGACUGCACCGACACUGUAGACGAAGCCUUAGAAAAGAUUUUUGAAGUGAAACGUAUUCAAAAUUUGGGUGGAUUUGAAUUAGUUGACUGGACAUCAAACUCUAAAGAUGUUAUGGAUGCUCUUUCUACACAAGAAGAUUUUAUAUGCAAAGAUCUUGAUUUGGACUCUGAUAGGUCGAUACAACGAAUUUUAGGACUUUCCUGGGAUUCAAAACUAGAUAGCUUCUGUUUUAAACUGAAAUCCAACAUUUUUGAGGUCGAAACCAGAAAUGGCACAACGAAAAGACAAAUUCUGAAAAUAGUGAUGUCCAUUUUCGACCCAUUAGGACUUAUUGCUAAUUUGACAGUACGAGGAAGAAUCCUCAUUCAAGAUAUAUGGAAAUCCGGAAUUGGUUGGGAUGAUUCAGUCGAACAUGAACAAUAUAAGACAUGGAAAUUAUGGCUUUUGGAUCUUCAAAAAAUUACAAAUAUUUCUAUACCUAGGUGCUAUUCAACGAGUAUUUCUAAGGCUGAAAGAGUAGAGUUACAUAUAUUCUGUGAUGCGAGCAAAAGGGCGUACGCUUCUGUAGCUUACCUACGAAUGAUCGCCCAGACAUCAAUCGAUGUAUCUUUAAUUUUUGCUAGAGCUAGGGUGGCACCGAACAAACCGAUUUCAAUUCCGAGACUCGAACUUCAAGCCGCUUUAAUGGGAUCAAGACUCAAGAAAAUGCUGAUCAAAACGUUAGAAAUCAAAAUUGACAAAACGUACCUAUGGACUGAUUCAACAACAGUACUUCACUGGAUCAAAAACGAUGGGAGUAAACUGGGACAAUUUGAAUCUCAUCGCGUAGGUGAAAUUCAAGAGUCAACAGACAGUUCUGAUUGGCAUUGGGUUCCAUCCAAGUCAAAUGCUGCCGACAAUGCCACAAGAACCUAUUUUGAUGAUGGAAAUAAUUUGGAUUUCACUCGUUGGCAUAAUGGACCAGAAUUUCUACAACUCCACGAUGAAAUGACAUGGCCGAUCAAGAAAACCGACUGUGGGGGAAUUUUGAAAAAUUCUGAAGAUGAAGAAGAUAUUCAACCGAUAGAAUUUUUGGCCACUAUUCUAGAAAAUGAUUCCUGUUUACCGGAUAUAAACCGUUUUUCCAAAUGGAUGAGGUUGAUUAGAGCCACGGCCUGGGUGCUGGUAGUCGCUAAAUUGUUGAUUUCAAAACUUCGUUCCAAAAAUAGUCAAAUUAUAGCAGAAAUUACCACUUCAGACCUUGAAGAAGCUGAAAUCAGAUCAAUCACGCAAUGUCAACUGGAAAGUUUUCCAGAAGAAAUCUCUUUCUUAAAGAAAAGCAUGUGCUUGAAGAAUCAGAGUAGACUAAAACAACUUUCACCGGUCAUGGAUAAAAAUGGAGUUUUGGUAGUGAGUGGACGGACUGACUUGGCCACACAAAUGGAAAUGACAACCAGAAGACCCAUAAUAUUGCCAUCUAAACAUAGGUUGACUAAAUUACUACUGCAUCAUUACCAUGAACAAUGUGCUCAUCAAGGUAUCGAAACUGUAUUGAAUACUGCUAGGCAAAAAUUUUGGAUUAUUGAUGGUAGAUCAGCCGUGAAGACCACAUUCGCAGAAUGUAAAAAAUGCCGGAUUUUAAAAGCUAAACCUGCAAUUCCACAAAUGGGCCAACUUCCGACAUUCAGAUUGACUCCACCAGCUCAUGCAUUCACAUACACAGGAAUUGAUUAUUUCGGACCCCUGUAUGUAACAGUUGGACGUCGACGCGAGAAAAGAUGGGGAGUUAUUUUCACCUGUUUAUCGAUAAGAGCUGUACAUCUUGAAGUAGCACACUCGUUAUCAACGGAGUCAACGCUAAUGGCAGUGAGACGAAUGAUAGCAAGAAGAGGACAACCUCUGCAAAUUUAUUCCGAUAAUGGAACUAAUUUUAGAGGAUCCUCUGAGGAACUGAAGAAAGCUGUAAAAGAAAUGGAUAAGGAGAAUUUGAAACGAGAAAUGUUAGUGAGAAAUAUUGAAUGGAAAUUCAUUCCACCUGCUUCUCCCCAUAUGGGCGGUGCAUGGGAGAGACUAGUGCGUUCAGUGAAAACUACAUUUCAUGUUAUUCUAAAUAAUCAGAUAUUGAAGGACGAGCUACUCCUUACCUUAUUUGCAGAAUGCGAAAAAAUUGUGAACUCUAGACCAAUCACGAAAGUAUCUGUUGAUCCUGAUGACUUGGAGGCCUUAACACCAAACCAUUUUCUUUUGGAUGCUACAAAUUAUUCGACAGCUUUCGAAUCUGAAAAUGGAAAUUUAAGGGGACAAUGGAGACGAGCUCAAGAGUUAAGAAACUCGUUCUGGAAAAGAUGGACGAGGGAAUAUCUACCGACUUUGACCAAAAGAACGAAGUGGAGGAACGAUGGCAGACCUAUGAAGCUACAUGAUGUAGUUAUAGUUAUAGAUGAUACCGCUCCUAGAAAAUACUGGAAACUCGGAUUAAUUGAAAAGAUUUUUCCGGGACCCGAUGGAAAAAUUAGAGUCGUUCAAGUGAAAACAGCGAAUGGUUCUUAUAAACGACCUGUUACCAAGAUAUGUAGAUUGGAUAUCGAAGAUAGUGGACAAAGAUGA